UUGCCUUUACCAGCGUUCCUGGGAGCCUGAAUGUUUACAGGCACAAAGGCCUGCAUUCCGCUGAAGUAAAACCUGAAGUCUUCGCAUUUUCUGGAUUCAAGAACAAGGCAGGAGGCAACAUGAGGCUAUGGCUAAGAGAACUGGUCCUCCAGGCACUGAGAAAUGCCCGGGGUAUCUGUGGGUCUCAUGGGCAGCCACCACCUCUUCCUGUCCCUCAGAAGAUUGUGGCCACCUGGGAAGCCAUCAGCCUGGGCAGGCAGCCAGUGCCUGAGUAUUUCAACUUUGCCCAUGAUGUGCUGGAUGUGUGGAGUCAGCUGGAAAAGGCUGGGCACCGGCCCCCAAUCCCUGCCUUCUGGUGGGUUGAUGGUACAGGAGCAGAGGUCAAGUGGAGCUUUGAAGAGCUGGGAGAGCAAUCUAGGAAGGCGGCUAAUGUGCUGGAGGGUGCCUGUGGCCUGCAGCCUGGAGACAGAAUGAUGCUGGUGCUCCCGCGGCUCCCGGAGUGGUGGCUGGUCAGUGUGGCUUGUAUGCGGACAGGGGCCGUCAUGAUUCCUGGCAUCUCUCAGCUGACAGAAAAAGACCUCAAAUUUCGGCUGCAGGCAUCCAGAGCCACGGCCAUUAUCACCAGUGACUCCUUGGCUCCACGGGUGGAUGCCAUUAGCGCCGACUGCCCUUUCCUUCAGACCAAGCUGCUUGUGUCAGACAGCUAUCGGCCAGGCUGGAUGAACUUCAGGGAACUCCUCUGGGAGGCAUCCACAGAACACAACUGUGCAAGGACCAGGAGUCAAGACCCAGUGGCCAUCUACUUCACAAGUGGCACGACUGGGACCCCCAAGAUGGUCGAGCAUACCCAGGCCAGCUACGGACUGGGUUUUGUGGCCAGUGGGAGGAGGUGGGUGGCCUUGACCAAAUCAGACAUCUUCUGGAACACAACUGACACUGGCUGGGUGAAGGCAGCCUGGACUCUCUUCUCUGCCUGGCCUAAUGGAUCUUGCAUUUUUGUGCAUGAGUUGCCCCGGGUUGAUGCCAAAUUUAUCCUAAAUACUCUGUCCAGGUUUCCAAUCACCACCCUCUGUUGUGUCCCCACCAUCUUCCGUCUGCUUGUGCAGGAGGAUCUAACCAGGUACCAGUUUCAGAGCUUGAGACACUGUGUAACUGGAGGGGAGGCCCUGACUCCUGAUGUGAGGGAAAAGUGGAAGAGCCAGACGGGCCUGGAGCUGCAUGAAGGUUACGGCCAGUCUGAAACCGUUCUAAUCUGUGCCAAUCCAAAAGGGAUGAAAAUCAAGUCAGGAUCCAUGGGGAAAGCGUCCCCACCGUAUGACGUGCAGGUUGUAGAUGAGGAAGGCAAUAUCUUACCUCCUGGAGAAGAAGGGAAUGUUGCUAUCCGUGUCAGACCCACCAGACCCUUCUGUUUCUUCACUUGCUAUUUGGACAAUCCUGAGAAGACAGCAGCAUCAGAACGAGGGGACUUCUACAUCACGGGGGACCGAGCCCACCUGGACAAGGAUGGCUACUUUUGGUUCAUGGGAAGAAAUGAUGACGUGAUCAAUUCUUCAAGCUACCGGAUCGGGCCUGUUGAAGUGGAGAGUGCACUUGCUGAGCACCCAGCUGUCCUGGAGUCUGCUGUGGUCAGCAGCCCGGACCCCAUCAGAGGGGAGGUGGUAAAGGCAUUUAUAGUUCUUUCUCCAGCCUAUUCCUCACAUGACCCAGAGAAACUAACCCAAGAACUCCAGGAGCAUGUGAAAAGGGUGACUGCACCAUACAAGUACCCCAGGAAGAUGGCCUUCGUUUCAGAACUUCCGAAGACGGUUUCUGGGAAGAUUCAAAGGAGUAAACUGAGACGCCAAGAGUGGGAAAAUGAGAAGCAACCCCAGAAAGGUCCCAUAAGUCACUGAAAUUUCCAAGAGGAACUGGUGGGAUUACUGGUUAAUCCCCACUUGGAGCAUCAUCCUUUUAGCCCUACUGAAAUCAAAGUAUUGCAGUCUCCAAAUGGGCAUCUUUAGCAUCAUUGGAUGACUCUGGAAGAAAGCAAAGAACAUCAUUAACCACCAGUUCAGAGCCGCUGCCCAAUCUAGCAACUGUUUGGUGGCUUGACUUCCUCAUCUGUCUGGAGGUAUUCUCAGUAGUUGCCCACUGGUUUCUUACUUCCUAAUAAGCUUUUAGCUAGCCCUCCAAAGGACAGGUCACCAGAGUGUUGGGGGCACUUGUGAUCUUACUGCCAGGGGCAGUGUAACCACUUGAUCCUUUUGAUAAAGCUAUUUGGUAAUCAUUUGCAGAACCACAAAUAUUAAUCAUACCUUUAGUUCAGAAACUCCAUCUUUGGAAAUCACUACAAAACAAAAUAUUCAAGAGAUAGUUACUAUAGAAUUGUUUAAAACAGUGACAAAUUGGGGGGGGGGGUGGAAUUAAUGCCUAAGUAAUAGGGCAAUGAUUAACUAAAUUGUGGUACAUUAACUCAAUAACAUGUUUUAUAGCUGGCCAUUAA